AUCAUAUUCCGUUGAGCAGAUAUCAGCAACAGCCCGCACUACGUCUUACGAUGGACACUGCGGCAUCGAGGAAGAUACGUUCAGCAUGCGACUCGUGCCACAACAUGAAGAUGAAAUGCUCUGGUGGCCAGCCAUGUAUGACCUGUAAACGGUACAAACAUACAUGCACCUACAGUGCCCCCAAUCGCAUCGGCCGACCGAAAGGGUCCAAGAACAAGACAACCACCUCGCCCGCGACACGCGCAGCGUUGUCUAAGGAUACCGUGGAAACCGAGAUCUGGAACUGGGACCAGCCACAGUCACCGCUGUUGAUGCACGAUGGACGACUCAAUGCGCCUACGGUGUCUCCUUCGGAUGAUUCAGGUUUAAGAAGUCCUUUGGCGAGCCUCUCUGAACAUGACCUCCAUGCCACAAGUAUACCACUCUAUUCCAUGGGGCUUUGUGCAGGUGAUCCCGAGCUGGGCUUGUCUUCAGAUCCCUUGGGACUUUUGGACGACACGCAUUCCCUGUCCCCAGCCUACCUACCUAGUCCAACGUAUCCGCCACUGCCGUUGCCGUCUAUCGCACCACCGCUUUCCAUGAACAGUCCCAAUAUACCCUGGAAAAACUGCAACUGCGUUGGUGUGCAAGCCGAAACCCUCUCGAGUCUCCGCAAAAGAGAGGCUGGACCAUGUCCGAUAGCGUUUCCAAUCGUCCUCGAAGCCACACAAGAUAUCCAGAUUAGAUGGGAGGCGCUAUUCAGCUGUUCCCUCUGUCGAUUGGACAGCGAUCAUGUGGCCCUCCUACUGCUUGCAAUGAGCCUUCGUCCGGUGCUUCGCUGGCUGCAGCUGCUUAUAUAUGAUCGCGUGUCACUGUCGUGCGAGCCUCCCGGCCCGAGCAAACAUACUCCUCAGCGCACUCGUGGCUUGAGCCACGGGACCAUGAGCAGCAUGGCCUCCCCGGAGAGUAUUGAUAAUGGCGCAAGGAGCACUACGAGGCUCAGGGGCGGGUCUGGCUCGAGGUCUGGCAAUUCAACGGGCGAACGUCUCCGCAUAGGCAUCUACGACCUACCCGAUGAUGAGCAUGACUUCCUCUUAGACAUGCUAACUAGUCGCACGCUUGGCAAGUUGAAGGGGGUGCAGACUGGUAUUACAGCCUAUUUCCAGCAAUCCCAGAGCACCCUGAGUUAUACCAUUAGCGGCGAGAAGAAGUCUAUCCAUACGGUGCUCGACCACCUGAGACAUUCUAUCGAGACGACGGAGACUCUUCUGGAGACUCUCCGACAGAAGGUCAUGUAUUAG